AUUUAAGGGCUGCUUAAACGUUUGAGCAGCUCUUGAACUUCGUUUUCGUAUUCUCAAAAGUCAAUUUUAAGUAUCUCUCAAAUUUAAAUGCACCUUAAAUUAAGUUGUGCUCAAAGUCCACUUAGUUUAAAAGUCGUAUACAGAAACGCUACUCAACACUAUUUAACUGUCAAAUGAACUGUCAAACUGAUUUGAGCAGCCCUUAGAUUUGAGAACGGUCGCAAGGUCCCUCAAAUCAAAACAAAUCUAUUAAAACUUGGAUUCCUCGUGUAGAAAAGUGAUAAAAUGUCUUUAUCGUCAUUAUCUUCGCUUUCGGAUCACGAAAGACCAAGCGCAAGCCGUCGGAAUGAAGAAAAGUUAAACGCUUUUGAAAAGUACCACGACAUGGAGUUUGUUUCACGGUUUCGCCUCUCGAAAGAAACAGUUUUAUAUUUGGACUCUGUUUUCGGUAGUAGCAUUAAGCCGUUGACGAAAAGAAACCGAGCCAUACAGCCAGUGGACCAAAUUCUCAUAGCUCUCCGUUAUUAUGCAACAGGUAGCUAUCAACGCGUAAUAGGCGAUAUUUUUGAGGUUGAACAACCAACCGUGCAUAGAAUAGUGCAUAGAGUGACGGCCAAAAUAGCCAGCUUGAAGUCAAGAUUUAUAAAUAUGCCAACACAAGAAGAAUUUCCAGUAGUGGCCAAUGAGUUCUUUGCAAUAGCAGGAUUUCCACGAGUUGUGGGAGCUGUUGACUGCACUCAUAUCAAAAUUAAUUCUCCAGGAGGGGCCCAAUCUGAAAUUUAUCGGAACAGAAAAGGCUAUUUUUCUUUAAAUGUGCAAAUGGUGUGCGAUGCAAGACUGCGCAUUAGGAAUAUUAUUGCUAGAUGGCCAGGUUCUGUGCAUGACAGUACCAUAUUUAACGAUUCACCACUGUGUGCCCAAUUAGAGCGUGGGGACUUUGGGACAGGUAUUAUUCUUGGGGACAGUGGUUAUCCAUGUCGUCCUUAUUUACUUACCCCAUUAAUAAAUACAAGGACAGCUGCUGAAGAAGCUUACAAUCGGUCCCAAAUAAGCACCAGAAAUCCUGUGGAGAGGCUCUUCGGUGUUCUGAAAAGAAGAUUUCCUUGCCUUCAAAAAGGCAUGGGCCUAAAAAUAAAAAAUAUCCCACCGGUCAUUGUAGCAUGUGCAGUGCUUCAUAACAUUGCCCUAUCACGAUCGGAUGAACUUUGGGACGAGGAUAUUUCCUUACCCUAUGUUGAGGAGGAAUUUAUGGUACAACAACCUAUAGGGCUUGAAACCAAUCAAAACUUCAUAGUAAGGACCAAUUUAAUAAAUACACAUUUUUCCACUUAAAUAUAGGUUUAUUAAGAUUUAGAUUUUAGUUUCUGUAGUCUCAAUUUCCAAAACUGCAUUUUUAUUUUGUACAGAUUCAUUUUCAUUUUGCUCUUGUUCAUGAGGUGUUUGGUUUCUAAUUUGGCAUUUCUAAGUUUUGUCCGAAAAUAUUGCUGUUUCACUGUAGUAUGUGUAGGUUUCAAUGUCUUCAAUUGUCCUGAAAAAUGUAAUUAGUGCAAAAUUAUUGAAAAUCUUAUAAUAAUAGCAAAGAACAAAUAAUUAGAUAAUUACCAGCUGAGGAUGAUGUUGGAUGCAUGCUUUUUUCUUGGGGUAUGAUGAUUGUUGCAGCUUGUUGGUCAUCUAUCAAAAUAAUUACAAGUUAAUGAACUGCCUUCACAUAGCUAAAAUUAUACUUAGUUUCAAUAUUACAUCAAAUUUAACAUUUAACUUAUACAAUAACAAAAAAAAAUAAUAUUACCAGCUGUAUUUAUUGAUGUAACUGUACAAGGUUUGUUAUUUUCUGCUGUAUUCUUGUUUGCCAUGGCUAUGUAUUGGUCAUCUAAAAUAAAGUAAUAUUUACUUAUAGUACUUAUACAAUUCAUAAAAAAGAAUUAAAAAUUUAAUGAAAAUGAAAAAAUAUAUAUUUGGACCCACAUUAAUAGAAACUACAUUUACCCAAGAUUUGGAUUAUUUCUACUUCAGAAGAGGAUUUAAUUCCGCUAUCAGUUUUUUUCGUAUAACUGUCUAUUGUUACUUCUGGUUCUGUAUCUCCUAUAAAUUAAAAAGGAACAUAAUUAUAAUUUUGCAUAAACAAAAUUUAUUUCAAUAAUGCCAAUUCCUUUGAUUUUAAAGCAUAUAUUACACAAACCAAAAUAUGCUGCAGCAUCAUCAUAGGGAUUAGGUAAUGGUUGAAUUUGAGGAGCAACCAUGGCUAGAAUUUGUGCAUCUUGUUCUGUCAAUACACUUUUGUAUGCUCCACCACCAGUACGAUUAAUUUCUUUCUAUAAAAAUAAAGAAAAUAUUAUGAGGAAAUAUUCAGUAAGGUCCUACUUCUUUACAAAUAUUUAAUUUAAACAAACCUUAUCUAAUGAUGCCUUUGUUUUCACAUCUCUCAUGCUGUCAGUGGUCUCAUAGUACUGAAGCCGCUUAAAAAAUAUAAUAAAAAUAAAUUAAUAUUUAGGUAUGUUAUAUGAUAAAAUAGAUACCUUAUAAAAUCAAGCCUACAUUUGCCUUAGCUAUGUUCUUUUUAGACCUCUGUUUGAGGUUCUCAUAGAGGUGACGUAGCUGUUGCCAGGUUCUGGAGCCGCUCACAGCAACAGUAUUAUACUGCUGGCAUACUGUUUCCCAAGCCUCUCGCUUCUUCAGUAUCAUGUGAGCGUUGGUCUCUUUGUUCUCAAUAAUAUUUUGAUAUCUGAAAGAAAAUUGAUAUAAUUACAUAUUUACAUGGAGAGUGAAAAAUUAAACUUGGUAUCUGUAAUUUAUUUUUUUUGUAUUUUUGACAUUAUUUAUAUAUUGUGUUUGUCUGAUGUUGUUUGUGUAUUAUUUUGUAUUUAAUUAAAUGUUUAAUUUCUA